AUGGCGAUGGAGAUGACGGCGCGGUGCCGUGCGGUAAGUGCUCUGGCGGUUCUUGUGUUUCUGUGCGGCUUCGGCUGCUCCCCCGUGUGCGGGGCGACGCCGGAUAAGAAAGGAAGCUUAAAAUACCCGCCGAAGGAGUGUAAUGUGGUGGUGCCGUUGGAGGUUUCAUGUGGGGGCACCGAUGGCAUACCAAAUUUUCGCUUUCCUGGUGACAGUGAUACAUGGACGGAUUGCUCAUCGUUGCGUAAUAAGGUUGGUUUGCCUGAUGAUCCGGUGCUUGUCACUGAGUACAUUGAAAUGGGGUUUUGCAUUGACGGCCCUGAUGUGCACUUUUGUGCCGAUCAUACACACACGCUUCUUCCGUGUUUUGCGGCCAGCUCAAUCUACGCAUCUAACAACUGUGAAGCCAGCUGUGCAGGCAAGGAUGCAAACAGCACCGUGGCGUUCACAAUGAAUUUUUGGACAUAUGAAGAUAGCGAGCCCCACCACAUUUGGAAGAAUAUUACUACCGUCGGAAAAGAUCGAGGUCAAAACGCACAGGGGGGCGUCUGUUCGUUACCGCCUCCCAGUAAAAAGGCCGGCGGCAAACACGCUGUGGUGACGGGUGAGAACCCAAGCGCUGCGGGAGGCAGCGGUGAACAAACCGAAGGUGUGCCGCACCCGUCCACGACAGAGAGACACGGGACAAGUUCCGGCGAUGCACAGAGCCUCGACAGUGAGAAUGCGGUCCCCAGCACCGUCUCUCAGGGCCCCACGCCCAAGGCAACGACCGAUUCCUCCGUCACAGCGCGUAAAGGCAAAAAGGAUACUCCGGCAUCAGUUGAUGCAAAGGACGGUGCUUCCACAACAGAGACAGGCAUCGCCGCCCCUGCCUCCGGCUCCGCUGUCAAUGUCACUGCCCCCCCCGCUGGGAAAGGCACAGAAAGCACCGCGGACAACAGUGCAACCACCACGCCGUUUGUGUCCACACAUCUACUGCUGCUACUGCUGCUGCUCGUGGCUGCCGUUGCCUGUGCUGCUGGGUAA